GUUGUGCAGGCCAAGAUGGCGGCACAGGCGGCGGCGGCGGCGCAGGCGGCGGCGGCAGCGGCUCAGGCAGCACAGGCCGAAGCGGCCGAGUCGUGGUACCUGGCUCUUCUGGGUUUCGCCGAGCACUUCCGCACGUCCAGUCCGCCCAAGAUCCGCUUGUGCGUUCACUGCCUGCAGGCUGUGUUUCCCUUCAAGCCGCCUCAGCGGAUCGAGGCCCGUACGCACCUGCAGCUCGGCUCCGUGCUUUACCACCACACGAAGAACAGCGAGCAGGCGCGCAGCCACUUGGAGAAGGCGUGGUUGAUAUCACAGCAAAUCCCACAGUUUGAAGAUGUUAAAUUUGAGGCGGCAAGCCUAUUGUCAGAGCUGUAUUGUCAAGAGAACUCUGUGGAUGCAGCAAAGCCACUGCUGCGGAAAGCCAUUCAGAUCUCACAACAGACACCAUAUUGGCAUUGCCGCCUGCUCUUCCAGCUAGCCCAACUGCACACACUGGAGAAGGACCUGGUAUCAGCCUGUGAUCUCCUGGGCGUGGGGGCUGAGUAUGCCCGAGUGGUGGGAUCUGAAUAUACACGGGCACUAUUCCUGCUCAGCAAGGGGAUGUUGCUGCUGAUGGAGCGCAAACUGCAAGAGGUGCACCCACUGCUCACGCUGUGUGGGCAAAUCGUGGAAAACUGGCAGGGCAACCCCAUCCAGAAGGAGUCCCUUCGUGUCUUCUUCCUGGUGCUGCAGGUGACCCACUACCUGGAUGCUGGGCAGGUGAAGAGUGUCAAGCCAUGCUUGAAGCAGCUGCAGCAAUGCAUCCAGACCAUCUCCACACUGCAUGAUGAUGAGAUCCUGCCCAGCAACCCUGCUGACCUCUUCCACUGGCUGCCCAAGGAGCACAUGUGCGUGCUCGUCUACCUGGUCACAGUGAUGCAUUCAAUGCAGGCUGGCUACCUAGAGAAGGCACAGAAGUACACAGACAAGGCACUCAUGCAGUUGGAAAAGCUCAAGAUGCUGGACUGCAGCCCCAUCCUGUCAUCUUUCCAAGUAAUCCUGCUGGAGCAUAUCAUCAUGUGCCGUCUCGUCACAGGUCACAAGGCCACUGCACUACAGGAGAUUUCUCAGGUCUGCCAGCUGUGCCAGCAGUCCCCCCGGCUCUUCUCCAACCAUGCUGCCCAGUUGCACACACUGCUGGGCCUGUACUGUGUCUCCGUGAACUGUAUGGACAAUGCAGAAGCCCAAUUCACCACAGCCUUGAGGCUUACCAACCACCAGGAGCUAUGGGCCUUUAUUGUGACCAACCUUGCGAGUGUGUAUAUACGGGAAGGAAAUAGACACCAAGAGGUACUGUACAGUUUGCUUGAAAGGAUAAACCCAGACCACAGCUUCCCAGUAAGCUCACACUGCCUGCGAGCAGCAGCUUUCUAUGUGCGCGGACUCUUCUCCUUCUUUCAGGGCCGCUACAAUGAAGCCAAGCGAUUUCUUCGAGAAACUCUAAAGAUGUCAAAUGCAGAGGACCUGAACCGCCUUACAGCCUGCUCCCUUGUAUUGCUGGGUCACAUCUUCUAUGUGCUGGGGAAUCACAGGGAGAGUAACAACAUGGUGGUGCCUGCCAUGCAGCUGGCCAGCAAGAUCCCAGACAUGUCUGUGCAGCUGUGGUCAUCGGCCCUCCUAAGAGAUCUAAACAAGGCAUGCGGGAAUGCCAUGGAUGCCCAUGAGGCUGCACAGAUGCACCAAAACUUCUCACAGCAGCUGCUGCAGGACCACAUUGAGGCCUGCAGCCUCCCAGAGCACAACCUCAUUACGUGGACAGAUGGCCCACCCCCUGUGCAGUUCCAAGCUCAGAAUGGACCCAACACUAGCCUGGCCAGCCUCCUGUGAGCCCCACAUGGCUUGUGUCCCCAAGUUGGACUCAACACUGGAGUUCUUGG